GCAUGAGGGGCCCCACCCGUGGAUAUCACAUCGUUAUGAUCGUCAGUCGUCAAUAUACUCUAUAAAUUGUGUUAUCGACGAUUAUUCUACGCAAUUACAACUGUCAUAUUCUCUUUUAAGUAUAUAUAUUAGUUAUUUACAAAUUAUGGCCAGUUCAAUUAAUAGCACGGGUAAUGGUUAUAAUUUCAAAGUGGUGUUACUUGGUGAAGGAUGUGUCGGAAAAACUUCUGUUGCAUUACGAUAUGUUGAAAAUAAAUUUAAUGAUAGACAUAUCAGUACAUUACAGGCUUCUUUUUUAAAUAAGAAAUUGACAGUACAUGGAAAAAAAGUAAACUUGGCAAUAUGGGAUACAGCUGGUCAAGAAAAAUUUCAUGCAUUGGGACCAAUUUAUUACAGAAUGUCAAAUGGUGCCAUUAUAGUUUAUGAUGUUACUGAUUAUGAUACAUUUCUAAGGGUAAUAAAUUGGGUUACAGAGCUUAGAAAAAUGUUAGGCAGUGGAAUCUGUUUAGCAAUAGCUGGAAAUAAAGUAGAUCUUGAAAAGGAUAGACGAGUCUAUAUUGAAGAAGUAGAAGAGUUUGCUAAUAAAGCUGGAGCUAUGCACUUUCAUAUUUCUGCCAAACUAAAUGAAAAUAUUGAAGAAAUGUUUUUUCAAUUAACAGUACGCAUGAUAGAAUACGCAGAUCUUAUGGAACAAAAGUCUACAUUAUCAAGAACGAGUAGUAUACGUCGCAAUGUUGUUGUAGUUGAAGAUGAGGCUGAAGAAACUGAACCAGUUAAGAGUUCCUGUUGUGGUAGUUCUUCGCAUGCAUCUUAAUUUCAGAUAACUAUUACAAUUGGUUCUAAUCUUGAACAAGUCAUAUAUAUAAAUGUGUGUGUAUAUGUGUGUAUAUAUAUACACAAACAUAAGAUAUACAUAU